UACAUUAAUGGCGGGUGCGCUUGCGUGAUGCCGGCUGCAUGUUAUUAUUGCUUUUAGUUUGGCGUCUUUUCGUUUAAAUUGUAGCGUCGAUUGUGUUCGCAGUUUUAAACUCAUCUCCACGUUAAUUAAAUAAUUGACAAUGGUGGCUCAGAAGAGAGGUCGCGGCGCGAAGGCCCAGGCGGCUAAGAAGCAGGCUGCGCAGGCGGUGGACGAGGUGCCGGAGGAGGUUGCGGAGGCCGUGGAGCCCGAGGAGAACAACGGGGACUCGGAGCAGGUCGAACAGGCCGGUGACGCCCCCAGCGAAGAGGCCUCGCAGGCGGAGGGCGAGGCCGCAGAGGCCGGCGGCGAGGCACCCGCCGAGGAGCCAAAAGAGGAGAAGGUGGAGUCCGGCAAACUGCUGGUGGAGAACCUGCCUGCGAGCUACCUCUUCGACUACCAGGACAAGCUGAAAGAGCUAUUCGCUAAAUACGGGGAGAUCAAUGCCAUCAAACGUGGUCCAAUCAUUGUUAGCGAACAGACCACAACGCCGACACUCUCGGCUAUAGUCGAAUUCAAAAACAAAGACAGCCUGGAUAAGGCCCUCUUAGAGCAAGGGCGCGUGAUCGACGGCUCCCGCAUCUCGGUGGCGGUCGAGUCGCGCGCCGAGACCGCCGUGCUCGUCGGCGUGCCGUACGAGGCGGGCACGGAGUACGUGCGCCGACUCUUCGACCAGUGCGGCGAGGUCGCGCACAUACACGAGUUCAGCAAGACCAAGUACAAGAUCCUCCGGGUGACGUUCCACAACAAGGAGUCCGUGGAGAAGGCCCUCAAGCUGGACCGCGAGCUGCGCGUCAACGGGUUCCUGGUGACCGUCUCCAAGUACCGCGACGAGGACGAGCAGAAGGCACACUCCGCCAACGCGAACAAGAACAAGCGGCAGCACCCGCAGCAGCAGCAGAACCGCAACGCGAACGCCAACCCCAACCUCAGCCCCAACGCCAACCCGAACGCCAACCGGCAGAACAACUACCGGCCGCGCGGCGGCGCUUUCAACGCGCGCGGCAACUUCAGAGGCGGUCGCGGCCGCGGCGGUUUCCCCACGCGCGGGUUCCCUGCCCGCGGAGGCUUCGGCGCGCCCGUCAACAGCUACGCCAUGCCGGGAUUCAUGGGCGGAUUCAUGAACGAUGGCCAGAGGCCGAACAAGCGGCCCCGACUGUAAGCGGCCCCGGCCCGUGUGUGUGUGCGUCCUACAGACUACAGUGACAUGUUACUUGCAGUAUCAUAUUAUAAAUCUAGCGAAUUGUAUUUACAUAAGUGCAUGGAAUAUAGGAGUAAGUUAUUGUCUUUUUGCAGGUAAUAAAUACUAUUACUAACAA